UGGCCACUGUCGGCGUAGAGAGCUGGGACUGUGUUAUGCACGUGCGGCGAUCGAGAGUAUGAGAUUGUGACGUGAAUGACGAGAUUUAGGCAUCUUUAGGAUUUAGGGAUAUUCAGACAGAUGGAUAGAUUGUGUACUUUCUCUGUUUCCAUUCCUGUACCGUCGGCUGAUUGCAUGCAUGUGUGAAAUAUUCUCAUAUUUCGUUCUCUUGUUUUCCUUUUUGAAUUCCUUCAUUAUGAGAAAGAACCGUUGAUAUGCCUUCCCAAAUUAAAUAAGUAAUUUGAUGAAUCCAAUGUAUUUGUCCUUAGGCAUGUUCUGGAUAUAUGAGGACUUACUGAAAUUGAAAUGGUUAUAGUUUGUCCCUGGUCCUGUUCCUCUAUCUAACUUUCUCAGUAUAUGUCCCUAUUCUCUCUCUCCCUGUCCCUUCCCCUGAUAGGUCGUGGAGUGGGUGAGCCAUGCCUGGAAGUGGCACAAGUAAUUGUCACAAUGUCUCUCUCCACGCUCGAGGGGCAGGGAUGGAGGAAGACAGUUCCCGUCAGCAACGCCUCCUGUCCCAGGACAGCAGUGAUGGCCCAGAAUGCUACCAGGAGCGGUGUGUGGACCCGGUGGACCCGCUGCUGUACCACGGUGUCGAGAUGCAGCCAACAGGGAUUGCACAGAAGGCCCGCCCCAGAGAUGCCCUUGAGCAAGAUUCGGAGACCCUGGGGUACAUCCCGGGCUCCGCCAGCUCGUCCCGUGGGGAGAAGGCGUGCAGCGCCUGUCCCGCCCCUGGGUGGCGUGGCUGCAGGGUGGCCGUGUGCUACCUGCUGACCUGCGGCCUGUACAGAGCCUGCCAUCACUGCCGCUAUGUACCCUGCCUGCCAGCCAACGAGAGCUCCACUGACCCCCCCGAGAGGGACCCUACAGAGGCCGUCAGCCCAGUCUGCGUGGAGCCCAAGCCCAGCAAUCUCCUCCAGUUCGACAGCAUCCGCUACCCGGACAUCCGUAUCGCAGGUAAGGAGGUGAUCCUCCCGGACACGGCAGUCCGUAAAAGUGCACCUUCUCGCCCGCCAGAGGAGGAGAAGGGGAACAGCCAGCGCCCCUUCAGCAGCGUGGACAAUCUGAGCCUGCAGGACGACGAGCCGGACGAGUGGGACGAGGACGGCGGCGACGUCGACGCCCUCAUCGCCAGGAAGCUCCUGGAGCUGUACACCCUGCACCAGAUCGAGCAGCUGGCCCUCUGCACCUCCGACUCGGUCUUCCUCAGCAAGACCGGCGAGAUCAGCCGGCUGAUCCGCGACGUGGUGCAGGAGCACCACCUGCAGGAGGAGGAAGCGGAGUGCAGGCUGGUGCACGGCAUCAUCCGCAUCAGCACCCGCAAAAGCAGGAGGAAGAGGCGGCCCCGCAGGGAGGGGUGGGGCUCCGGGGUUGAAGGCACCCCAAGGGACAGCGGAAAUGACACCAUGAUGGACUCUCUCGACAGCAACUACAUUGACCAUGUCCAGAUCUCGGAGCAGACGUCAGCAGACAAACUGGCCAGACAGAUGUGGGCCAGCGGCAGGAGAGCUCACUCCUCCAGCUCCCCCACAACCAGCUCCGCCUGCCACCAGGAUGUGGACUCGUCAGGAACCCCUCUGCUGUACACCAUCAGAACAUGAUGAAGAAUGUUCUGG